CUUUCAUCACCAAACAUAAGAGGAAAAUGGUUACUCCCCAUUAUUUGUUGCUUCACAGCAAGCAUCCAUCACCAUUUCCUCCGCUCACCCUUUCCAAAGCCAAAUGUUCCCUUGUCUCUCAAUUGACUGAACUUAAACAUCAACAUGGAGGGAAUCUCAACAUUAAUUUUAAUCCCAAGAAAAAAGUAAACUCACCAUCGUCUGUUCAUGCAGUGGAGAAAGAUAGAGAGCAGUAUGAAGUAGACCCAGAGAAGGCCAAAGAAGCCCUCCAAAAGCUUGACCAGCAGCUGCAAACUCUCUCUAAUAAACCAGUCAGCACUCCUAAGAUCAGAGCUUCAGAUGUAAAGCUUACAAGGGACGAAAUGGUAGAAGAUAGCCCAGAAAUUUCAGGGUCUUUCCUAACAUCUUUAACUACUGCUCUUCUUAUUUUCACAAUCUUCUACAAUGUGUUGUUUUAUUUUGUGAUAAAGCCAUCCAUAGAUGGACCAGACUCACCUCCUCCUCAACCUACCACCAGCUUCACUGAGCCAAGAGUUUUGCAGUAGUUCUCCACUCCUUCCACCAUUAACACCACCACUUCUGUCUAAGUUAAUGUUGGUUAGAGUUUUAAGAGCAAUUUUUCUUAUACAUGUAAUUGGAACAUGAAGCAUGUUUUCGCCCAUAUCUCUUGAAACACAGAAAUGCAAAGCAAAAGAAAUAUGUGAAACUUUGAAUCC